ACUGUCAGCUCUGGGUGCAACUAGUCUUGGAUAUCCUGUUGAUCGUUCCGCUCCCUCUGCUCGGCCUACUUUUCGGAAAGGUCAUUCUACCAGCCCUCGACGAGGCAGGUCUUCGUGACAAGAACGCCUGGGCAGUUGAUAGAAGAGACUUCCAAGCGCCUUCUUCCUCUACCUCCACGACAGCUGGGGGCUCAGUGGGACUGCUGGACCUGCUUCUCUCUGAAACACCUGCGGGUGGUGCAAGGCACUGCCGACGACAACACCUAAUCACUGCAGUGGGCGCUUUAGGCUCUCAGCUUGGAUGGCCAGCCUGGGUGGACUUCUAUCAGCGUCAUCGUUACGUUUCGAACGCUGCCGCUGCCCCCGUCGAUGUCGCUCUACCGAGAUCUUUGGAGCCGAGAGUGGUCGAUACGACAAUUACAACGGAGGCAAAACAGACCCCUCCACCUUCUCGGGAGACAUCUCCAAGUAGGGAGCCCAUGGAACUACCUAAUGCGCCUUCAAAGGAAGAAGAGACUUCCAUCAUUCAGACGGGCCUUACCUCGAACCGUAGGGAGUUUGUUGAAAACCUGCGACGUAGAGAGUACGGUCGCGGUGUGGAGCUGGAUGAGACCGCUAACAAGUUGCUACAGCUCUACGAGAGAAGACUAUCCAGGAGUCUGGCCCACCUCUCACAGGAACUCUACGGUCAACCGGGGCACUUUUUGCUGGAACUCAUUCAGAACGCCGAUGACAAUACCUAUGCGGAUGAUCGCGGCAGCAACAACGACGGCGGUUCAGUGCCGAGCAUUGAGUUCUACCUGUACACGGCGGACGACAGUACCACCACGUCAGCCUCCCUCUUCGUCCGUAACAAUGAGGCUGCCGGGUUUAGUGAGGCGGACAUUUCGGCGCUGUGCGAUGUGGGUGUCAGCACGAAAAUGGCUCAACGUGAUCAGAAGACGGGUGAGCAUGAGAUACCGGUUUUGGCCAUCAACCAGCCUUAUUCUCCUUCCGUACUCAGGCCCGUUCGCUCGUCUGAUUAUUCUGACUGCAAACUGUUUGCAUCUAACUGCAGGACAUAUUAA